CAUCAAUAAUAUUCAACGAAGAAGAGCGGCUGCGGAAGCGUGUGUUGCGUCAUUUCUGCGGAUCAUAAAGAGCGAUGGCGUCCUCGUUGGAUACCAUCUAAAGACGCCUGAAUGACGGCAUGUCUGUGUGCUAACAUCGAUUCUUAUGUAGAGGCGGUGUAACCACCGUUAUGGCGACCGGCAGCAGCAGCAGCAGCGGAGCUUUGCCGUCGAACGUUGAGGCGCAGGCGGCGGCAGCAGCUUGUAACUCGGCGCAGUGCGGAGCAACGGCAGCGCUUUGUACCGGGUCUGCUCCAGCUGUGGGCCUUCACCGGGAGCCCGUCUACAACUGGCAGGCGACGAAGAGUUCCCUGAAGGAGCGCUUCGCCUUCCUCUUCAACAACGAGCUGCUGAGCGACGUGAAGUUCGUGGUGGGGAAGGCCAGGCAGGCUCAGAGGAUACCUGCUCAUAAAUUCGUCCUGGCCGCUGGCAGUGCUGUGUUCGAUGCUAUGUUCAACGGAGGGAUGGCAACAGCGUCGGCAGAAAUAGAGCUGCCUGAUGUGGAGCCCGCAGCCUUUCUCGCACUGCUCAGGUUCUUAUAUUCUGACGAGGUCCACAUUGGCCCAGAGACUGUGAUGACAACUUUGUACACGGCCAAGAAGUAUGCUGUCCCUGCCCUGGAAGGUCAUUGUGUGGAGUUUCUCACCAAACAUCUCAGAGCCGACAAUGCAUUUAUGCUUCUCACUCAGGCAAGGUUAUUUGAUGAGCCUCAGCUGGCAAGUCUUUGCUUAGACACCAUAGACAAAAGCACAGCGGAUGCUAUAAAUGCAGAGGGCUUCACAGAUAUUGAUCUUGACACUUUGUGUGCUGUGCUGGAAAGAGACACACUCAGCAUCAGGGAGAACCGUCUGUUUGGAGCAGUGAUACGCUGGGCGGAGGCCGAGUGCUACCGACAACAUCUUCCCCUGACCUCGGAGAACAAGCAGAAGGUUUUGGGAAAGGCCCUCCCGCUCAUCCGCUUCCCACUCAUGACUGUUGAGGAAUUUGCUGCAGGGCCUGCCCAGUCUGGAAUAUUGUUCGAUCGGGAGGUGGUAAAUCUGUUUUUACACUUUACAGUAAAUCCCAAACCCCGGGUCGACUACAUCGACAGGCCACGCUGCUGCCUCAGGGGGAAAGAAUGCAGCAUUAAUAGAUUCCAGCAGGUGGAGAGUCGAUGGGGGUAUAGCGGUACCAGCGACAGAAUCAGAUUCACUGUUAAUAGAAGAAUAUCCAUAGUGGGUUUCGGCUUAUACGGGUCAAUACAUGGACCCACUGACUAUCAGGUCAACAUCCAGAUCAUUGACAGUGACAAACGCCACACACUUGGGCAGAACGACACAGGCUUCAGUUGUGAUGGCACAGCGAACACGUUCAGAGUGAUGUUUAAGGAGCCUGUGGAGAUCCUCCCCAAUGUCAGCUACACUGCCUGUGCCACUUUGAAGGGUCCAGACUCCCAUUACGGAACAAAAGGGUUGAAGAAAGUGACUCGGGAAUCAGCGACGGGGACCAAGACAACAUUUUUGUUCUUAAGUACACCUGGAAAUAACAACGGUACAUCAGUGGAAGACGGGCAGAUUCCAGAGAUCAUCUACUACAGCUAGACGUGAAAUGGUGUAUUUAGCAUGACACUGAACCUCAGACUGCUGGGAAGACUGGACUGCUGAAGACACAGUGCCUCACGAUCCUUGGAAUAUAGUGUGUGUGUGUGUGUCACAUGAUGUAAAUCAGAAUGUGAGAACACUCAGAAAACAUUCUGAUCUGGAAAAAGCAUUUCAGUGGAUCCAUUUUAUCGCUUGUAAAUUUGAUAAAUACUGGUGUUAUAUGUGCUACUUCCUGUAGAUGGUCAGUGCAGAAGUUACUUUAAGUAUAUUUUGGCAUAUUUUAUUCUGUAAAUUAUCAUUUAUUUAGCAGAUGUCUAUGUUUUGUUUUUUUUUGCGUUAUGAGGAUUGCUGUGUAAUGUACACUUGGCAGUGAUAAAUGUUGUAAUUUAUGACUUCACGUUAGCACACAAAUAAAGGAAUGUUCGAGGUCU